CGUCAGUGCGGCCGGUGGCGGAACUGCGGCGUGGCCGCGUUCGAAUGACGUAUGUCAAUCCGGUACCGGGGGCCGGUUUAUCACUCUCGCGACGGUGCCACGGCGAGGCGAACGCCGUCCCGGCGACGUCGUCGCUCGCUGGAUGUGACUUCGCCCGCGAUGCUCCGCCCGUGGACGUGUCGAUUCAGUCGAUUCCCGCACACCUUGCUCUACGUCGUCGUGGCUAUGUCGGUGUUGACAUUACUCGCGCAUGCGCAGCGGGAAACCGACGAGCGAGCCGCGAGCGGGCCGCGAACGGGUGGCGAGUCCAAAUCGAAAUUGGACGAAGAGCUGUUCAAGAAGCUAUUUGCUCAACGGCGAAAGGAUCACAUAGAAGCUGUGCAGACUCUCCUAAAGAUGGACAAUUACGAGCGUCUGUACAAAAUGAUCGCGGUGCUGGCUGAGAAGGUGGUGGAGGUCAUCGAAUCGAGUAAGAGUGUCCUCGAGAAGGCCGGUUUUCUACCGCAAAACGGUUCCUUUCCAGAAGAUACCAAUGUCAAAGACGCGUUGUCCAGCAUCCUGGAGAACACCGCGCUCUUCGGCGACAUCAUCCUGCAUCUGCCGGACAUCACUCACAGGAUACUGAGGACGCAGCCGGGAUGGAACUCCACGUUACACUGGUCCCUGAAUUUCGUCAAUCAGACGCGGCAUUUGCUGAACAAAUCGACCAUCACGAUGUUUCGCCUGGUCGAGCAGGAGCUGAACAUCACGGAACGCGAUCCGGCCUAUUUUAAUCCGUACAGAAGCGCCGCGCACGCCGGUCAGCGUGAGGAGCCCGUGAAGAAGAAGAAACCUGCGAAGAAGGAAAAACGCAAAAAGGGACCGCAGAUUGCUAAAAUCGAGCUGUGAGCCGGCACUCUGGGCGCUGGCGAGAAUUCCUCCAACCGGUUCCUAAAUCGCCUCGUCGAGAAGCGAUUUAUGGCUCUUCGCGGCGCUGCCGUUGAAAUCCUAGAAAAGGUGGACAUCAUAUCUGAUUCCGAAUCUUACGGGAUUGAUAACGACGAGCUUCCGAAUGGCUUAAUUCGGCGAGGAUUAACUAUAUAUUUCUACAAUGUCUAUAUAAAUAGUAUUAUAUAAUUAUAAUUGCCAAAAGCUAUAAUUAAGAAUGCAAAUCUAGCAUUUAUAUUUAAUAAUAUUCUCGCCAAUAUGUUGCCAUACAUAAUGUAUGUUAUCUGGAUAUGUUGCUAUACAUAUCGAAUUCCGAGAUAAAGUCUCCUUUCAGUAUCCAAUAAAAAUAUUGCAAUCAACAA